UAGAGCUUUGCUUUUCUCUUCAACAAUUGCUGAAAUGUGCGCUGGAAGAUGGGAGCUGCUGAUGAGUACUCUGAUGGAUAUUUGGUGAUUUGCAGUUAUGGCAUUGCGCUAUUGGAUCUCAUAUCAGCGGUGCUAUUUGGUGGUGUCUCAGGCAUGCUAUACGGCAAAUAUCAUCGCUGGACCUCGCUGGCGCUGCUGAUCUUUGCCAUCAUUUGGGUCUGGAUUAUAUGCAUGCUGCUGCUGGGAAUCUAUAGGCGACGCAUUUUAUUCGUGCGAUUCUGGCUAAUGUUUACCUGCCUGGGCAUAUUGCUAGAUACAGUGCUAUUGAUUUAUGGCCUAACCUUGGCCAUGUCGAUUAAUUGGGAGGGCGUCAAGGUGACCAUGCUACCCUUUGUGGGCUUGUCUGUGGAAAUGACUUUCGUAUACAUUGUUUACCUCUUCUAUAUGGAAAUGCUUGAGCGUGAGCAGUGGAUACCACUGACUAAUCCGCCAGCAAAGCGUUCCACAGGUGGUUGCAUCAAAAAAUUCACCUCCAGCAGCACCAACUCAACGGACACAAUGCUCAAGGAGCGGCGACGUCUCAAGCGCAUGUACAAGCGUGAGGAGAAGCAAGCAAUGCGAGAGCUGCGACGCAAGCUGCGCCGCCAGGCUUUGCAGUUGCUAUAAAAUCAAGCAAAUAUUUCGAAAAUGCAGCGUGAGG